ACUAGCUAACAGUAAGGUGUGGAAUAUAGAUAAAAGCUAACUAGCUUAAGUGCAAAAAAAAAAAAACCUAACUAGCUAAAGUGCAAAAUAUAAAAACUAGCUAACGGUUGGGUGCAAAAUAUAAGAAAUAGCUACAGUAGGGUUCAAAAUGUAUGAAAUGGCUAACACAAAAAAUGUAUAUAUCUAUUUAUUUAUUUAUAUUGUGUCUUAUUCAUUAUUUAUUGUUUGCUAGUUUUGUUGUCAUGUCAUUACAAUUCCCAUACAGUAGGUGGCACUAUGUACCUUUAACGUUGGUUUAUAGCCCGCCGGGAAAACCAUAGAAGAAGAAACAAUGUACACAAGCUCAGUCAGAGUGAGCGUUAGAUGUGUAGAAGUAACUGGGAGACGGUGUUGUGGUUGUAUGGAUAAUUUUGACCAUGUCUUCAGAGUAUCUGAGAGAGUUUGUUAAUGAGAGACUAACUGCUGCUGCUCAAGAAAUACUCGGAGUUUUUAAAUCAACUAUCGUCAAGUAUGAAGAAGAGCUCGACCGUCAGAGGAGGCUGUUGGCUGUCGUUUUGAAACCUCGAAUAAGGCUACACAGGAUAGAGCUCCCACAGCAACAUGUGUGUAAGGAGGAGGAGGUUCUCUCUGAGCAGCAGCUCUGUAUUGAGGAGAGGAACUCCAGUGUGGAGCAAGAGGAGCCAGAGCCUCCACAGAUUAAAGAGGAAGAGGAGGAACUCUGCACCAGUCAGGAGGGAGAGCAGUUUGUGCUGAAGCAGGAGACUGAUGCCUCCAUGUUGACUCCUACUCAUGAGGAAAGAGACCACAGUGAAGAUCAAACUCUGAACUUCAGUCCUGAUGACACUUUUACAGCAGAGAAGGAGUUUGAGGUCAACACACCAGUUAUAAGCUCUGUGAUAUUAGAAGAACACAAUUACCACCAGCUCCUCUCUCACAACUUUCAUGAACUUCCAGAGAUUCACCGUAAUACUCAAACAGAGCUCCCACAGCAACAUGUGUGUAAGGAGGAGGAGGUUCUCUCUGAGCAGCAGCUCUGUAUUGAGGAGAGGAACUCCAGUGUGGAGCAAGAGGAGCCAGAGCCUCCACAGAUUAAAGAGGAAGAGGAGGAACUCUGCACCAGUCAGGAGGGAGAGCAGCUUGUACUGAAGCAGGAGACUGAUGCCUCCAUGUUGACUCCUACUCAUGAGGAAAGAGAGCACAGUGAAGAUCAGACUCUGAACUUCAGUCCUGAUGACACUUCAGGUGCAGCAGAGGAGGAGUUUGAGGUCAGCACACCAGUUAUUAGCCCCGUGGUAUCAGAAGAGCACACUUACCACCAGCUCCUCUCUCACAACUCUCCUGAAGCUGAGAGUCAAGAUCAGAGAGGAGACAAACAUGGAGACUGUGGAUCAACUAGCAACGCAGAACCAAAACCAAAGAAAAUAAAUCACAAAAGCAAAAGUCACAAUCAAACUGUAAAAGACUCAAACGUGUCAAAGAUACCCUGUAUUACUCAAACCAGUAAGUUAAUUUUCCAAUGUGACACUUGUUGGAAAAUCUUUAAGUCUAAGCAAGCUUUGCAGAGACACCAGAUGAUACACACAGGCGAGAAGCCGUACCUUUGCAACACCUGUGGGAAAAGAUUCAGUCGGUCAUACGAUUUAAGUUCUCAUUUAAGAACCCACACGGGUGAGAAGCCAUAUUCUUGCAAAGUAUGUGGAAAAGAUUUCAGACGUAGUAGUGGCCUGACAGAACACAUGAGAAAGCACCACGAUGCAAAGCCAAAACCUGAUGACACAAAUAAGGAGUCUGUAGUGAACAUGCCAGUUAUAAGCUCUGUGGUAUCAGAGGCUGACAGUGACCACCAGCUCCUCUCUCACAACUCUCCUGAAGCUGAGAGCCAAGAUCAGAGAGGAGACAAACAUGGAGACUCGGGGUCGACUAGAAAUGCAGAACCAAAGCCAGAGAGAGCGCAUCAGGAAAGCAGAAGUCAAAGCAACAGUGAUAUUAACUCCAAUAUGUCAGAGAUUCCCGAUGAUGCAAACCCAUUUGAGACGGUUUUCCAAUGUGACAUUUGUGGAAAAACUUUCAAUUUCAAGUCUCAAUUGAAAACGCACCGGAGGAGCCACACAGGUGAGAAGCCGUAUUGUUGCAACACAUGUGGAAGAACCUUCGCAUAUAUGUGUCACCUGAAUGUGCACAUGAGAAGACACACAGGCGAGAAGCCGUUUCCUUGCAAAACAUGUGGAAGAACCUUCGGAUAUAAAGGUCACCUGAAUGUGCACAUGAGAAGACACACAGGCGAGAAGCCAUAUACAUGCAGAGUGUGUGGGAGAGCUUUCAGACACAGCGAUGGCUUGACGGCCCACAUGAGAAGAGCCCACACCGGUGAGAAGCCGUACCUUUGCAACACCUGUGGGAAAAGAUUCUGUCAGGCAACAGAACUGAAAGCUCAUACAAACAUCCACACUGAUGAGAAGCCAUUUUCUUGCAAAACAUGCGGAAAAGGUUUCGGGCGUAACUUUGACUUGAUGGUCCACAUGAGAACACACACGGGCGAGAGGCCGUACUCUUGCACAACAUGUGGAAAGGGUUUCAUCCGUAAAAAUGAGUUGAUGUACCACAUGAGAAUACACACAGGUGAGAAGCCGUACGUCUGCAGAACGUGUGGGAAAGAUUUCGGGCGUAGUGGCGCCUUGUUGUCCCACAUUAAAAUUCACACAGGUGAGAAGCCGUUCACUUGUGAAGUGUGUGGAAAAGAUUUCAGGCGUAAAAGUGACGUGACGGUCCACAUGAGAAUACACAAGAGGCCGAGUGUGAAGCCGUACCUCUGCAAGAUCUGCGGGACAAGAUGCUUUAACGUGUCCGAGUUGGCAAAGCAUGUAACAUCGCAUGCAACCAAGUAGUCUUGAAUAUCAUCCAAAAUAUGUGGGAGGCGGUUCAGUUUGUGCCCUGUGAUAGUCCAGUGACCUGUCCAGGGUGUACCCCGCCUCUCGUCCAGUGUCAGCUGGGAUACUCUCCAUCCUCCUGUGACUCCCAGCAGGAGAAGUGGUUAAAGGCUUGUACAAAAACUCACAGAAGUGAACAGCCAGAAAAGUUUGACUCAAAUCAUGUUCUUGAAAAACACCCAACAUACACAAGAGAAACCACUGGGCGAAAACUCUCCUGACGACAUAUUCACCAACUGAAUAAAAUAAACCUUUGCAACAGCUCUACUUCUGAAAGUGAAUGUAUAUUUUAAUUUCCUUUUGGAAGAGGUCACAAUAUAUUGAAAGAAGUAAAUUAACUCGUCAUAACAAACUCAUCUUUUUCCCUUUGUAUUAUUGUUAGCAUUACUGUAAAACUUCAGUUUAUAGCCCGGGUUAUUAUUUGCUUAAAUCGCUGACCUCAGCAGGCCUAUAUUUGGGACAGGCCUUUAACUCCUGUCACACAAAACUGUUGCUCAUCAAAGAUGGGAUACACAGUAUGAAUAUUAAUUGUAUAAAUUUUUGGCUUUGAAGAACGUAUCAGUUAACAACAUGUAGCAUCUCCAUAUUGACAAAAGUUCAAACAUUUAUAUUUGUAUGUGCAGUCGAAGCACCUAACUAACGUUAGCUCAAGUGGGUAUCCAACCACCUGCUUUAUACGUCCAGAGAACGUCUAUAAAAAUGAACUGCUUGGCAACCAGACCUGUAGUCUCAAUUAUAAACACACACAAAACGAGGCCUGAAAGAAGCGUACGCCACUUCCCGCGCACAAGUUGUGAUUCAUAAAAACAGACUUAAUGGGAGAAACGCUGAAAUUGGCGACGUAGAUGGUGAGGUGGAAGCCUGAUUGGAGAUAUUGUCAGAGGCUUUUGUCCGUAGGGGAGACCGGGGUAAGAUGAGCCACUUUUCAUAUUCAGGAUCACUACAUCAAGGCUAUUAUAGUUUUGUUGCUAACUAAUAUAUGUGCAUAUAUUUCAGGAUGUUGUGCAUCCCUACAAACAAACAGAAUGAGUGUAAACAUAACUGUUUUGAUAAUAUAGCAUGUCCAAAAAAAGUGGUCUCGUGGCACAACCUCCUACCCCCCUUCCUCCCACCUCACCUUCUCUCCUCCUCCUCUCUCCCUCCCUCCCUGGGUUAAGAUAUUCCAGUUAUACGUACAUGUAUGUACUGAAUUAAAUAAGACGCUUCUUCAAAUCCAUGUGUAUUUUUAUUUAUAAUACACAAUUCAACAGGUACAAAUCUUUUUUUUUAAAUUAUUAUUGCAUAUAACAACUUCAAAACAUUUUAACAUAGGCCUGAGAAUGCCUUAAAGUGUGCUUAGCAAGAGAACCUUAACAGCUGUGUUUUUGGAAAGAAAACACUGAACUAAAUCCGUAAACGUGAAUCGUGAAUUUGGUGUCCUUGCUGACAGGAGGGCCUCCUUCAUCCUCUCUAAACUCCUCCCUCCAUCUUACUCUCGUUCCAUGCACCCCCCUCCCUCCUUCCAUCCAUAUCCCACCUGCCCCUUUACUCAGUAUCCCACCUGUCCAGGUUGCAGGGGAAUACAAACUGCUGGGACUCUGAGGUUUGGGGAGUUUUGCGAUUACAUCACUUCUUGGGAAGAAUCCCUCAUCUUUCUCCUUGAAAGUAAAGGCUCAACUUACCCCAUAGCUACCAUAUUGACUUUAUUAGCCCCCACAGCUGAAAUGGUGCACUUUCAUGCUAGCUGUACUGCCUCAUUUUGUAGUUAAUAGAUACCACAAUUGAUGUAUAAAAUAAAUGAAAAAUUAUCUAUUUUGGUCUAAACACAAUCCCCAUGAAACUUAUGAUAGACUAAAUUCACUUUCAUGAGUGAAAAAUGCUUUUUUGGACAUAAAUCUCUAACCAUUUAACCCAUGUGGUUCUUACCUUCACAGACUCCAUAAAAUGAUGCCUUCCUCCUAAAUAUUUGGUCACAUGCUCAAUUUUAUUUACGGUUUCCUAGCAACAAGGGGUGGCUCAACUUACCCCAGUCUCCCCUACACACAUCUAUUGAGACAGGCCUUUGUUCGUCAAAAUGUGUAGCCACACCAGGCUGUUAAAUAGGAACAAGGCUUUUAAUUGAAGUUUUACAGUCACUCAUAUUUCUGUUGGCAAAAGUAUUUCUUCGAAAUAAUCUCCCAAAUCUUUGAAAAAUGUUCGUUACAUGGUGAGUUCAAAGUUCUUAAAAAUGUUUGAACAGUUAAAUAAGUAGUCUUUUUUUACAAUAUUUAUAAACUACCUCAGUUAUAUUACAAUUAUUUUUGUAUUCUUGGCUGCAACUUUUGAUUUGAUGUUUUGUAAUUGUAGUUGUUUUGAAAUUCAGAAGUGACACCCAAACACUAAUUGUAGAUGAUGUACCACAACACAUCAGCCUGAGCAGCUGUAAUGACCUGUGACUAAACACUAAUGAUCAGUGUUCAAAGAGACUCGGGAAGCAAACUGCUGUAUUCUGAUCUCAUGUUAUGUAGUCUAACAAUAAAUUGUCGUAUCUGUACUAACCACCAACAUGGAGUAUGAGGAGUAUUUUUACACUGUUGUUGCUGCUUUUGUUCACCUGUAAAAAAUGAUUCCACCACUGCCAAAUUUUGUUAAUCUUAAAUUGUGAAAGAGCUCAAAAGGACGUCAGCUAAAUGUAGACGAUACCUUAACAGCCCUGCAGACCAGAGCCAGAACUGAAAGUGUGUGUAUUUUAGGAGAAAUGGGAUUUAGGGGUAAUGAGCAUUUUUUAAUUCAAUACUGAAAUAGUAUACGGAAAUUAAACAUAGAAAAAUCAAAAAUAACAGAU